AUGUCCGCCAACUGCAAGGUUGAUCUCCCGACCAACCCCCUCCCGACUGAGGUCACUCGUGCCGAGAUCAUCCGCAAAGCCAUGAGCCUCAACAACCUCUUGAACGAGCCAACUAAGAAUUUGAAGGAGAGCAAGGCAAUUGAACCAGGCUCGCCUCAUGAUCCACUCACCGCCGUGAAAGCGGAGGCCUCGUCGCCUAGUGUGUCCUCAGACACCCCCAUGGCUGAGCCAGAUGUGCCUGGUAGUACCCCAGAGCAAGCAGAUGACAAUGAGGAUGUCCCCGAUUCCCAGCGCGAAUUCAUCUGCAUGAACGACCGACACACGCGCUGUCAGACUGGUCAGUAUACCAAAGACCUGUCGCGUAAGGUCAUUUCAGAUCACUUUGGCCGCAACAAGGCCUGCACACGUGACAUUACCGAGUGGCCACUCUUCUGCCGCAAGCACUACCAGCGUGCGACGUACGACAAAGCAAAGUGGCAGAUCCGCAAAGUUCACCUCAUCCUGCGCCAGUUCGACAUCAUUGAGAAGCAGUUCCCCGGUGCCACCUACAAGGUCACGCUCAAAAAGUCGGAGGAAAUCCGCCUGAAUCAGUACUCGCGCCAAGUGGCCUCAGGUAUGAGCGCCGAAGAUGCUGAGAAGUUGGUUGCGCCUGCUCCUGGAAAGAACUUUGAGGCGCCCGUCGAAGUGCUCCGUGAGCUGGACCUGUCGCUUGGUGGUGGCAAGACCUAUAAAGAAGUUCGAGACAUUGUCGACGUCAUUCUCCAGAUGCUUGAGGGGAAUGAGUGCGAGCAGGUUCCUGCUAUCGAGUUUCUUCCCGAGCUCCCCGGCAAGAGUGUGUCGCCUGUGGCGGUCCCGGUCAAGACUCCCGUUACAAAGUCAACAAGGUCUUCCAAGCGUGUCUCAAACAAAGGUUCCGUCAAGAAGACGAGCAAGAAGGCUUAG